CCUUCCUGGGUUUCAUUUAAAUAUUCCCCGAGUACAGCAUCUUCCAUAUUACGAACAUUGCGACAUUGGAAAGAAAAAUCACCUACACCUGCAGCUCUAAAUUGGGAAGCCAGGCAGCGGGAACAUUCUAGGAUAACUUUUUUGCGAGAAUCUGAGGUUUUUGAAAAUCUUAAAAAAUACCAUCACGUAGAUGAAGAUAUUAACAUAUACACCCGUUAUCGACUGCCAGUUAGCACUCAAGCUCAAUAUUGUGAUGAUGAACAUAGAUUCGCAUAUUCUGGAACAGGUCGCACCAAGUUUAAUAUCACAAUGUUAACAGUUCCUACAAUGGAAGAUGACGUCUAUCCGACAUUAAGUAUUUUUCGUGCAUUUCAAAUCGAUGAUUACAUUCUGCAAUCUGGAAACCAACAGUUAACACUUUACGAUCGUUUAUUAUUAACCUUACUACCAAAGUUUGUUUCUUUACGUGCAUCAUUGCGUGAGUCUUCUUCAGUCCAAAUGCAAGUUGUGCCAAUUCUAGGAGACGUUAUUGACACUCUACUUUAUCGAUUACCUUCAUCCGUCAGAUUUGAUGCCAUUGACUGUUCUAAUUUGGCUGAUUAUGUGUCAAUCCUCAAUAUACUUUUUUCCACUGCACCUAGGUUAAUGGAUAACUCUCUAUUAACUUUACAGCUAAUGAAAUUACGUGAAUCACCUUCCAAACCUAUGAAUGAGUUUGUAGAGGAACGACUUGGUGUGAAUUUAAAUGUCAUUGCAUCUUUGACAGGAAUCACAUAUAUAGACGCUUACUAUAAAGAUUUUGCCGUAUACUCCACAUGGAAAUUUGAUAUAAAAUGUAAAACCGAAGAUAUAGAGAAAAAACCUGUUACAUUAAUGAUGGAUGUAAUAUCGGUUGCAAAUGCUUGUUGUACCGAUUAUACAACACGCAUUAAAGGACUUAGUAUCAAUACUCUCGUGCGUCUGUUUCAAAUAAUGGUUGUCCGAUUUCCUGAAAAAACUAUAGCAAAAUUAUUUAGAUUACUUUUUGCAUCUGAAGGAUUUAUAAGACAUGUCAAAAAUUUUGAAAUGCAUUCGAUAGAGUUGAAAACUUUUAUGACAAUGCAUCUGUCUUCUUCAAUAAUUAUGAAACUUGAUGAAUUUAAAGACCUAAAAGCGCCUAUUGCCAGAUAUUCUGUGAGAUGGAAAACAGAUAUGAUAAAUAAGAAUAAUAUGUUUACUAUGGUGCAUUCAGAAGCGGAAAUAUGGCUACGAUUGAUCAAACCGGCUCCCAAUGGUGGUACUACUAGGACU